AUGAAUCAGCAACAACUGGACGAAAAACAGAAGAACAUGGCGAGAAAAAUCUUCAGGGACAUCAUGCCCAUCGUACACCUAUCCAGGGUACUUGGAACUGUGCCCUACAAAUACACAAGCACAGGUCUCAUGUCCCUGAAACCAACCAGAAUCGCUUACACAUUUUUAAUCAUCAGUUUCUACCUUUUGGCUCUACUCUACAUAUCUUUCACCACCGAGAUAUUCAGUACUAACAAGAAAGAAGUCACUCAAAUCACCCAUACUUUCAACAUAGUUUUCGAAUCAUUGACGUUUAUUAUAUCCUUGAUUUCAGCACUAUUGAGAGCUAAAGAAAUUACGGUCAGAGUUGUAAAUAUGAUACGAGUUGAUAAAUCUAUGGUGAACCUUGGUGUGGUCAUUGAUUUUGAUGUAGUCAACCGUAGGUUCUACUUUUGUUUACUAGGGUUUCUCCUAUUUUUAUCAGCGAUUUUCGCGAUAGACUACGCGGUGUGUUUUGUGUACAACGUGGGAGACGCAAUCACGUUUAUGGAAUGGAUUUUCAUAGUUUUCCUAUUUUUCUACAACCGGUUACAUCAGGUGCAGUUUGUGUUUUUCAUCUAUGGUCUGUGGAAGAGGUUCCUAGGUCUUAACGUUGAGAUGAAGAGUCUCAAAUCGGCGGAUAUCUAUGAGAAAAACCUCCUAAACAAAGAUAAAAUCUUAAAAACAAUCGAAAACAAAGGAUCACUCAAGGAUAAAAUCAGGUCGAUGAAAGAGAUACAUGAUCGGUUGACUUCGUUAUGUAAUCAGGCGAAUGAGACGGCAAGUCUCAGAAAUUUACUGUUAAUCGCGAUAAAUACAGUAACUGUGACGUCACACCUGUAUGUGAUUGCUAGUAUGGUAAUAGAUAACAAAUAUGAAUGGCACAUCUUUGCUUACUCCAUCUAUUGGUGUGUGUUCAGAGUACUGGACUUGUUUGUGAUAAUACUAACUUGUGCUAAAGUUAGCAAUGAGGCUAAUCAUACAGCAAUUGUAAUCCAUGACUUGUUGAGCUCAAGAGAGAUGGUUGAAAUCGCAGAAGAGCUUGAACACUUUUCGAUCCAACUUCUACAUCAUAAGAUAGCAUUCACUGCUUGCGAUUUCUUCCCAAUAGAUUUCACUCUACUCUAUUCGGUAGACUAA